ACACCAGGAAAUAUGGCGGCGCUCAUGACGCUCAGUCAGCUCUCGGGUGGAAACCCAGCCUAUGAACACUACUACAGACAGCUGGAUCCUGGGAACACAGGCAGAAUAUCAGCUGGAGACUCUGCGCAGUUCCUUAAGAAGUCCGGGCUGUCGGACAGCACAUUGGGGAAGGUUUGGGAUUUGGCAGAUUCGGAACGGAAAGGAUUUCUGGAUAAAAGGGGUUUCUUCAUCGCUCUGAGACUGGUGGCCUCAGCACAGGGAGGAAAUGACAUCAGCCUCAACAACCUCAACCAAAUCCUGGCUGCACCGAAAUUUAAGGACAGCAGCAGCCCGUUGUUAAGUAUUCCCACGACAGCGCCUGACUCGCAGUGGGCAAUAAGGCCUGAUGAAAAAGGGAAGUUUGAGGGUAUUUUUGAGAGUCUGGGUCCUGUGAAGGGUCUUCUCUCCGGGGAGAAAGUCAGGCCCGUUCUGAUAAACUCCAAGCUACCUAUGGACGUGUUAGGAAAGAUUUGGGACCUAAGUGAUGUCGAUAAAGAUGGGCUUUUGGACAAAGAUGAGUUCACAGUGGCCAUGCAUCUGGUGUACCGAUCCAUGGAGAUGGAGCCCCUCCCAACGAGCCUACCCACUUCCCUCAUCCCCCCUUCCAAAAGGAAGAAGUCUGCCGGUGCAAUGCCCGGUGCCGUGGCUGUGCUGCCCGGUCUGUCGGGGUUUCCAUCCGGCCACGGCCUUUUCAAAGACUCCUUGCGAAGCACUUCUCCUCUGAUCAGCUCUACUCCCCUCAGCGUCAGUGCUGUCAGCCUCUCUCCAAAACACUCCUUCAAAUCCAGCACGCAGCCGGCGGUGAACUGGGUGGUACCGGUGGCUGACAGGGAGCGAUAUAAAGACAUUUUCAAUCAAACAGACUCAGACGGUGACGGCCUGGUCACUGGCGGCGAGGUGAUAGAGAUCUUUAUGCAGUCCAGUCUUUCCCAGACGAUGUUGGCGCAGAUAUGGGGAUUGGCCGACACUAAACGGACAGGAAAGCUGAGCCAUGAGCAGUUCUCUCUGGCCAUGUACCUGAUUCAGCAGAAGGUCACUAAAGGUGUCGACCCCCCCUCCAGUCUCACCCCAGACAUGAUUCCCCCCUCAGAAAGGACCGGAACAGCAGCAACGGUUCCCAGCUAUGGGGGCCUUCUGUCCUCUGUGAGGCCUGAACCUGCUGCACUUGCCAGUAUGCGCAGAGACAGCAACAGCUCCACAGGGUCGGCCGAGCUGACAGGCAUCAGAGAGCUGGAUGACCUCGGUCAGGAAAUAACUCAGCUGCAGAGAGAGAAAUUCAUCCUGGAGCAGGAGAUCAGGGAAAAGGAGGAUUCCAUCAGGCAGCAAAACAGUGACGUUCAGAAUAUGCAGAAUGACUUGGACAGAGAAGGCAGCAGCCUGCAGGACCUGGAUUCCCAAAAGCAGGAUUCCCAGGAGCGUCUGGAGGAGAUGGACCAGCAGCGCUCCAAGCUGGAAGGGAUGCUCAACGACGUCAAGAUCAAGUGCCAGGAGGAGUCUCAAAUGAUAUCGUCCCUGCAGAGCCAGAUCCGCUCUCAGGAGAGCGACGUCCAGAGCAGGGAGGAUGAAAUGAGCCGCACCAAGGCAGACCUGGGCCGGCUGCACGAGGAGGAGGUCCAGCUGGAGCAGAGCCUGCUCUCUGGUCAGGUCCAGCUGGACAGCAUCAUCAAGUCGCUCAAAACCACCCAGGAAGAGAUCAACCAGGCUCGCAGCAAGUUGUCAAUGAUCCAGGAAAACCAGAAGGAGAUGACCAAGACCAUUGAGCAGUACAACGGCGCUUUGAGCGACAUCAACGGAGGGAACUUCAGCAACCUGCCGGACUUAAGUGAAGGUUUUGCCGAGAAGGAGAACGGAGGAUUCAGGAGCACGGAUGAUUCUUUCAAGUCGAAGAUCGCCAAGUUCAACACCAGCGGUGUUAAGGAGGCCCCAGCCGACCCCUUCCAGACAGAAGACCCCUUUAAGUCCGAUCUCUUCAAAGAUCCCUUUGGAGCAGACCCUUUUAAGGAGAGCGAUCCCUUUAAAGGCACCUCAUCUGAAGAUUUCUUUAAGAGGACGGAUAAGUCAGACUUGUUCGCAUCCUCAGAACCCUUCGGAAGAAAACCCUCACUGCCAGCCAAGCCAAGUGCCUUCAGCGGCGGUGAUCGCUUCACAUCAAACAGCCCCAAGCCAAACAACUCAGAAGUGUUUGGGAAAGUGGACCCCUUCCGAAGCCAGUCUUUUGGAGGCAAAGGAGGUGGUUUUGCUGACUUUAGUCAGAUGUCAAAGAAACCAGACAACCCCGUGCUCCCAUCAAAGAAAAGUGUGCCUAACCGACCUGCACCUCCCUAUGGAUCCGAACAUGUCAAGUUUGGAAGUGAGAACCAGCAGCUGGAAUGGGCCAAGCAGGAGAGCGAGCGGGCGGAGCAGGACCGGCUGAGGAGGCUCCGGCUCCAGGAGCAGCAGGACCUGGAGCUCGCCAUCGCCCUCAGCAGGGCCGACAUGCCCGGCGCCUGACCAGGCACGCCCCCCCCCCCACAGCUUUCCACUCCUCCUCCUGUUGCCUUAUAGUCCUCCGUCCUCUGGCGCAUGACAACAGCACCGACGCUGGCCCGACAUGACUAGCAGCCCCUGUUACCAAUUUGUGCAAGACACCAGUGUUUCCCCCACCGUCAAAUGACUCAAACUACAUGGCAACUAUAAUCAGGGACGAUACGGAGCCACUUGAUUUAAGCCUGGCUUCAUCCUGCAAGACCAGAGCGAUUUAACGAAACCUAAACCAGGAGGCUUCUCCACUACAACCUCAAUCUAGCUCCAUAUCUCGUCAUGGUUAAUCACCCUGCCUUAACUAAAAGCCUGUAUGUUGCAAAAAAAAAAGAAGCAAUCUUAAGAAUAUUUUACCAUUUUAUUUGUGUACAAAAGCAAUGAAUCUGUUAUGUAUCAAUGACUAUGAAGGACUUGCAAAGUGCACUGUAUAAACUGUUUUAUAUAAUCUUUGAUUACUCCUAAAAAGUCCUAUUGAAAGUCAAACCAUACAAGCUAAGAACUCUGUUGGGUUUGUGCGAGAGUUAUGUUCAUAUACUGUAAAUAUUGAUAGUUUUAUUUCCAAGUCCAUCUCAUAGGACUAGAUUUUAGUUAUCGGCAUGACAAUGGCAUGAUUUAGAUUUUCAUUUCAAAUGAUACAAGUGUUUCCUUACAAUCCUGAAUGCAUAUCUUAUAUUUAUGGCCUUAGAGUCUGUGGAUUGAAGAAACAUUUGAAUAUAAUCGAACCCUCAAAAGGAAUAUUCAUGUAAAUGUAGAAGUUGUGAUGAUUUGGGAAACGAAUGAGCAUUUUAUUCCUAUAGCAAAGCUUCAGUGAGUUAACUUCUUGUGUUUAGAGUCAUUAAGAUGGUAGAGAUAAUCAUGGAGGUCUUCCUUUCUUCUGAUCCAAGUUCAGUCGGUUUCACCUGGAGCGCUGUUGAUCCGCCCCCCCCCCCCCCCUGAUGUCAGCUGGUUUGUCAUUGGCUGCCUUGUUGUAACGCCCAAACAACCUGCACUCCCAUACAACUAAAAGCCUCUAUCAAAUGGACAAAGUGUAAACCUACGUUGUUUAUGCUGGUGCUGUUACAUUCUAGAUUUGUCCUCUUUUUACUCCUUCUCCUUCUUCUUCUCCUUCACAUCACCACUCAUGCACAGUGACGGCUGCUCUUUAGAAAGUUUUUAGCUUUUUGCUCCAAUCAACCAUUGGAUUUGUUAUUUUUAAGCUCUGUGUCUUUUCUGUGCGUUAAUAUCUAACGAUCCAGCUGAAGGACAUUUGUGUAAAUAUCCUCACAAUGCUUCCUUGUAAUUAUGAAACACUAAUCAGGUUUAUUCGGCACAUAAUGUAGGCACUGUAUAUUCCAGCACCUACUGGACAAGGUGGCAUUGCCUUAUUUAUCAACAUAUCAUUUUAACAUUAUAUUGCACAGUAUGUAUGUGAUGAUGAUAUAUAUAUCUAUAUAUAUUAAAACAAUUCUUAGAGUUGCUCAGAAGUGUACUAGCUUUUAAUUGAAUAAAAGUGAUUUUUAACAUGA